CCUCCAAACUCCAAGAUGGCGGCAGCGGCGGCUGAUGCGGAGGCUUUGGCUCCCCCGGCGGACAGCCCGACGGUGGCGGCCCCUCCGUCCGGAGCCGGAGCAUUGCCGGAUUUCGCUGUGGUGUGCUCGUUCUUGGAGCGUUAUGGCGCCUUGCUGGACCUGCCCGAACUCACCUUCCCGGAGCUGGAGGAGGCGCUGGAGGAGACCGGGGGAGUCACAAAGCCUUUAAUGGAGCUUCACCUGAAACUCAUGAGAAAGAUUGGGAAGUCGGUAACGGUUGACAGAUGGGAAAAAUACUUAAUGAAGAUCUGCCAGGAGUAUAACGGCACGUGGGCCUGGGAGAUGGAGAAGAAAGGCUAUCCGGAGAUGAGCCUGGAGUGCAAAGUGGGCUUGCUGAAGCACCUGUGCGAGUGCCAGUUCGACGACAAUCUGAAGUUUAAAAACAUCAUCAACGAGGAAGACGGCGACGCCAUGCGGCUCCAGCCCAUCGGGCGCGAUAAGGACGGCUUGAUGUACUGGUUCCAACUGGAUCAGGAUCACAACAUCCGCGUGUACAUCGAGGAGCAGGACGACCAGGACGGGUCCACGUGGAAGUGCAUCGUCAGGAGUAGGAAUGAAUUGGCGGAAACUCUGGAGCUGCUAAAAGCUCAGAUAGACCCUGCGUUAUUAAAGAAAUCCGACCCGCCGGAAAGUUCUUCUCGCGAGAGUCCCGAUCCGGAAGACGACGAGAUUAAAAAGGAAAACGAGGAGAAAUCCAUAGAGGAUGGAGACGUAAAAGAGGAGAAGCCGGCUGACGGGGUUAAGCCGGAAACAGACUGCCCGGAGAGCGGAACCAAGACGUGUAAAUCGGAGGCAGAGACUGUAAAGGCCCCGAGUCACAUAAAGAGCGAGCCGUCCACGGAUCCCUGCGAGGCCCCCGUCGCUGCCAAAGAAGACGACUCUUUCAAGGAGAACGUGAAGCCGAUAAAACUGGAGGAGAGGUCAGAGCCGAAAGAAUUAAAGGGGAACCCCGAGAAGAUCCAUCCGCCCCAAGAACCCGAGCGCUCCGAAAUAUCGGUGAUCGUGAAAAGAGCCGAAGAGCCCGCCGAGAGGUCCGUGGAGGAGUCCGAGAAGCUGAAGAACGACCAGCAAGCUAAAAUCCCCUUGAAGAAACGAGAGCUGAAGUUGACCGAUGAUUUCGACAGCCCCGUUAAAGCGUCGCUGCACAAGCCCGUCACCCCUACGAAGGAAGUGCUACAAAGGGACGACGGGAAACAGGACGAUGACGCGGCCAAGACCUCCGCUGGGGCCGCGGCUGCCGCCGACGGGAAGCAGCUUGUGAACGGAGAGGUGAACUGCGAGAAGGUGGCGCCCAAAGCCAAGCCGGACCCGGCCGAGAAAAACGGGAACAGCGCGAGAGAGUCCGUUGUGUCCGUGGCCAAGGACGAGAAUGGUCUAACGAGCAAGAAGAGGAGCGAGCCGGUCAUCAAAAGCCUAGAGGAGCCCAAGGAGAGCUCCAAAAAUACGAGUCAUGAUAAACUGGAGAAGGUAGCGGAACCUGGAGAUGAUCCGUCUUCUCCUUCCGCAGAAAAAGCCAACCAAAAGCCAGCGAAAGAAGACCUCGGCAAGACUGAGUGCCAUAAAACCGGCUCCGAGACGAAAGAGGGAGAAACGAGGAGAAAGGAACUUGUUUUGGUCCCCAGUAAAGCCGCAGAGGCUUCAUUUAAAGAGGAUUCCAAAAAAGACCUUAGCUGUUCGAAGUCCAGCACGGAGCCGGCCACGCUGGAGAAACCAAGAGCCCCGUCUCCAGGUGAUGGCGGUAACUUGGCCCAACUCCCGGCCGCGGAUGGGUCUGAGAAGAAGCCCGAGCAAACGGCUCAGGAAAAGCACGACCUUCCGAAGGAGAUGGAAGAUGGCGGCCAACCGGAGGAGAAAAUGGAUCCUGAACCCCAAAAACCUUCGGCUGCGAAACCUGAUUCACCCGAGGAGGACGUGACGGGAUCCUCAGCCACAAAGGCCAAUGCUGCCGAGACGUUAUUAAAAGAAACCUCCGCGGAGGCCGAGAAGAAAGCGAAAAGUUCGAGGGCGGCACCGAGAGACACCGUGGCUCCAGUAGAGAGCGAGACCAGCGCAUCACCUGAAGAUAAGGAGGUCAACGAGACUCCAAAGGCAGAGGUGGAAAAGCCUUCGAAGACGGAGAGCCAAGUGUCGUCCUCGAGAAACAGACAAAAGUAUAAACCGGUCCUGGAAGAAGAGAACAGCGGGGCGGAGGGGAAGGAGAUGACCUCCGAGCGGCAGAAAGAUGGCAUCAAGCUGACCAUCAGGAUCUCCAACAAGAGAAAGAGGAAUGAGCCGACGCAGCCUGCGCCAGACGAGGCGGACGACGGCGAGGAGAGCAUCGGUCGGUCUUUGAGACGCUCUCCGAGAAUAUCGCGCCCCUCGGCCAAGGUGGCGGAAACGAAGGAGCGCAAGCCGGAAAAGAGACAAAGUGACGACGAGGAAAAGGCUGCCCCCCCGAGGGCAGAAAAAGACGAAGAAAGGAAGUCUGAGAAAGACUCGUGUCAGAAAGCCAAGCGGGUGCAGAAGCCCAGGCAGAGAAGGCGAGCUCGCUGGACUAACUUUCGAUCACGUCGCAGGCGCAAAGAGUCCAGCGAGGAGGAGAGCGAGGAGAGCGACAGCGAGGAGGACUCGGAGGACGGGUCCGAGGAAGAGGGGAACGAGGAGGCGGCUCCGGGGGAGGACGACGAGCCGUGCAAAAAGUGCAGCCUUCCCAACCACCCGGAACUGAUCCUGCUCUGCGACUCGUGUGACAGCGGCUAUCACACGGCGUGCCUGCGGCCCCCACUCAUGCUCAUCCCGGACGGGGAAUGGUUCUGCCCCCCGUGCCAACAUAAAUUGCUGUGCGAGAAGCUGGAGGAGCAGCUGCUGAACCUGGACGUCGUCCUGAAGAAGAAGGAGCGGGCGGAGCGGAGGAAGGAGCGGCUGGUUUACGUCGGUAUCAGCAUCGAAAACAUCAUUCCCACGCAGGAAACAGAAGAGGUCCCAGAAAUCCAAGAAAAAGAAGAAAAGAAGAAGAAAAAAACGAAGCUGCUCGAAAGGAGGUCAACGCGGACGAGAAAAUGUAUAAGUUACAGGUUUGAUGAAUUCGACGAGGCGAUCGACGAAGCGAUCGAGGAGGACAUCAGGGACGCGGAGGGAGGGGGUGUUGGCCGGGGGAAAGACAUGUCCAACAUCACCCGGGGAAAGGACAUAUCGACCAUCAUAGAAGGAGAGAAGACUGAAGGGAAACGGCCGCAAAGAGCUACCAGUCGCCGCAAAAAACGCCGGCGACUCAACGACCUGGACAGCGACAGCAACGUGGACGAGGAGGAGAGCGAAGACGAGUUCCGGAUCAGUGAAGGAUCCGAGGAAGAGUUUGUCGUCUCUGAUGAGAACCCCCCCGAUAGCGACGACGAUCAGCAGUCUAAUGACAGCGACUUUGGGGCGCGCAAGCCCAGGCGCCACUACAGGAGACCGAUGAGGAAAAGCAAACGGGUGGCGCGGCGGUCCAAGAGGAGGCGGUAUUCUGAUGAUGAUGACGACGACGGUGACGACGAUUCCGAUGAGGACGUCCAGGAGUCCGAAACAGAAGAAAGUAGUGAUUACAGUGAUGACUAUCUGGACACCAGGAGGAGGAGGUCACGGAGGAACCAGAAGCGGCAGGUCAACUACAGAGAGGACUCGGAGAGCGACGGCUCCCAGAAGAAAGCGCGACUCGGCCGGGGCAAGGAGAUGCGACGGGUGCUGAAACGCAGGUUCUCCAGCUCGGAAAGCGACGAGAGCGAUUUCUCCAAAGCCUCCGACGCAGACGAGCCGCAAACGGGGCGCAAGCAGUUGCCGCGGAAACGCAUCCGCAGCUCGGACGACGAUCUCUCGGAGGAGGAGGAAGAGGAGAAGCCUGCGAGGAAGAGACUGAAUCGGAUAGAAACGGACGAUGAGGACGAGGAAGGGGACGGGAAGCCUUCCCCAACUGCCCCGUCUGCCCCGCCGCCCCCUGCGGAGAAACCAUCGACGACGAGCGCCCUGCCGGAAAGCACCAAGAAGCCCUGCUAUCGGCUGGAGAGCGACGACGACGACGAGUUUGAGAACGUGGGGAAGGACGGAAGCCCGUUGGACUAUAGCCUGGUGGAUUUACCCUCCGCUAACGGACAGAGCCCGGGAAAAACCAUGGAGAACUUGAUUGGCAAACCGAGCGAAAAGAGUCAGAACUCUAAGGACGCUUCGGCCAACGCCAGCCAGCCUUCCAACGGCACCGGCGGCGGCCCGGAAGCGGCGGCGCCGGAGGAAGACGAGGACGAGCUGCUGAGGGUAACGGACCUUGUGGACUACGUCUGUAACAGCGAACAGUUAUAAGACUCGGCGGCUUCCGUUUUUGCGCUAAUUUAUUCCAGAGCAGCUCGUGCCGGUGGGCCGGUUCCAAAAUGCGGUUUUAUUCCACCUCCAGAACUUUCCGCCACUACAGUUUUACCUUUUUUUAUAGCGACCGACGGUCCCGACGUCUUUCUGUGAAGUGACCCGUUUUUGAACAUUCGGCAAAAAAUUCUGUAAAAACAAACCAAAAAAAAUACUUUUUUUUAUUAUUAUUUUCGUUUUCUCGCGUUUUGUGGUC